CCCAUAUACAACUGAACCUCAUUACCUCUCUUGAAAAUCACCACAAGAGGCCAGAAAAGGGUCAGUUGAUCUUCAACAUGCGUUUCCAAGUAUCAGAAGGUACAUUCAACGAAAUCCACGACUACCUAUCAAUCAUGUUCGCCGCUUACUCAGAUCCCUUACACCCCUUCGUCUCCGCCCUACUUCCCGGCAUCUCAUCCCAGGACCCCGCGAUCUACACACAAGGUAAGUAUGACGAAGCUGAACGAGCGUUGAGCAGGUGGAAAGCCAAUCCGUUCGAGAAGUGGGUAAAAGUUGUCGAUACGAAUACUGGUGAGAUCGUUAGUGUGUCGAGAUGGCAGAUAUACACCCGGAAUCCGUUUCCGAAUGGAGCACCGAAUGUGGAGGUUGCGUGGCUCCCGGAUGGCGGGCGUCUUCGGGAAUACUGCACGUAUAUCACGAAUUCUCGACUGGAGCGUCAGGCUAGUCGAUGCUCAUUUCCUCAUAUUUGGCUCAAUAUGAUGGGCACCCUGCCCCAGCAUAGGGGUCGAGGUGCAGCUUCUCUUAUGCUAAAGUGGGGCAUUGAAAAGGCUGAUAGUUUGGACUACGAGAUGUUCGUUGAAGCUGCGGAUAGUACGGGUGGUCAUGUCUACCGGCAAAUGGGAUUCGUAGCAGUUGAUGAGUACUGGACUAGGAGACUUGAAUCAGAGCCAGACUCUGACUGGAUAGAACUUGAGGAGAAAUACCCUUUCAAAGCGACGUGGAUGAUGCGGCCGAAGCAGGGACGUUCUACCGUCAACGGGACUGGAGUUGGGAGAUGAAUCAUUGUUUUGAUUUUAAAAGAUUUCGUACAGAAAGGCACAGGACGAGUUACGUAUACAUAGGACCGAUAAUGAGCUCCUGCAUGAAUUGCGAAUUAUAGAUUGGCAAUUUAUAC